CAUUUACAGUGAUUUUCCGACACAUGUGGUCAUAGAGUGAACAUAACACACAUCAAGCAAAUCAAGCAAAUCGCGUAAUACUCAAUUCACGUACAAUCACAUAAUUGUAUCAGGAUCAUCACAGACAUGGACUCAGACCGCAAGAACCGCGUCUUCAUCGGUGGGAUCACUGAAUCCGUCCGUAAGGAUGAGCUCGAGAAGGAGUUCGAGAAGUUUGGGAAACUCACGUCCGUAUGGGUGGCCCAAAACCCCCCCGGGUUUGCUUUCGUUGAGUACGAGAGGGAGUCGGACGCCGACGACGCCGUCCGAGAGAUGAACGGCUCGUCGAUCGGCGGCUCGUCUUCCAAACUGCGAGUCGAGCACUCGAGGGGUCGCUCCAGUCGUGGCGGAGGGCGAGGGGGUGGCGGACGCGGCGGCGGUUUCAGUAGAGAUCGCAGCUUUGGUGGAGGCGGCGGUGGGAGUCGCGGGGGCCGAGACUUUGGUGGUUCGCGGGGAGGGUUUAGCAGUAGCCGAGGAGGAAGUUUUGGUGGUAGAGGCGGACCCUAUGGCAGAGGUGGUGACCGAAGAGGUGGCUCGAGUGGGGGGCGUUUCGAUCGCGGGGGCGAUCGGUUUGGGGGCUCCUCCAGAGGUAGAGAUAGCUACGGCGGCUCCAGUGGAGGUCACGGGGAUUACAAGUCCAGCGGAGGCUCGUAUCCCAACUAUAGGAGCCGAUCGCCCUUAGGUCAGGGCCGGAGUGGACAGAGUUUCCGCACCCGAGACUACUCGCCCUCAGGAGGCAAUUCGUAUUCUUCAGGCGGGAACAGUUAUAUGUCUGGAGGCAACAGAUCUCAUACACUGAUUAUGUCUUGA